CUUUUUGUCCCGGCGCCUACUGAUGAUGUCAGCAGCGUGCGACAGGACAGCCUGGGCUACGCGGAGUUGGUUGACAGCACGGCAGCAGGCUGAUAGAGAUGGCUGCGCCCACGGAGCGGCGCUGCGGCGGAGGGUUUGCUGGGUGUCCGCGGACGUUGAAGCCUUGGUGGCGGCUCGCAGUGCUCCUGUUUUGCGUGUCCUCCGUGCCUUCGGCCACUGCGCUGGUGGAGGGCCUUUACUGCGGCACCGAGGUCUGCUACGAUGUGCUCGGAGUCACUCGGGAGGCCGCCAAGCUGGAGAUCGCCCGGGCUUACCGGCAGCUGGCCCGCCGGUACCAUCCGGACCGGUUCAGGUCAGGAGACCCCGGUUUGGAGGGAGAAACCCAGGAGUCCGCCCACAAGAAGUUCCUGCUCGUUGCGACCGCGUACGAGACAUUAAAGGAUGAGGACACUCGGCGGGACUACGACUACAUGCUGGACCAUCCUGAGGAGUACUACCAGCACUACUACACCUACUACCGCCGACAGCUCACCCCCAAAGUGGACGUCAGAAUCGUCAUCCUUGUCACCAUCUGUGCCAUCUCCAUCUUCCAGUACUACAGCUGGCACAGCAGCUACAAGGAGGCCAUCAACUACCUGGUGAUGGUCCCCAAGUACCGAAUCCAGGCCACAGAGAUUGCCAAGCAGCAGGGCCUCCUCAACCGCACCAAGGAGAAGGGCAAGAACCGCCGCUCCAAAGAGGAGAUCCGGGAGCAGGAGGAGGAGGUGAUCCGUGACAUAAUCAAAACCAAGAUCGACAUCAAGGGAGGCUACCAGAAGCCCAACCUGUCGGACAUCCUGCUGUGCCAGAUAGUGCUCUUCCCCUACUACCUGACCAACUACGUGACCUGGUACGGGUCCUGGAUCUACCGCUUCACCAUCUGCAGGGAGGAGUACGGGGAGGAGGAGAAGUACUACCUCAUCAGGAGGAACAUGAAGAUGUCUCAGUCUCAGUUUGACAGUCUGGAUGAAGACUCCAGACUGUCCUUCAUGGAAAAACGUCUCUGGAUCAAAGAAAGCUACGAGCUGCACAGAAAGGAACAGGACGAGGAGAUGAAGGUGAAGAUGGCGACCGACCCGAGGAUGAAGAGGUACCGCCGCUGGAUGAAGAACGAGGGGCCGGGCCGGCUGACGUUUGUUGACGACUGACGGCCCCGAGCUCCGUCUGUAACACACACCUAACUCAGUGCCAACAUACACGGACAACACACACCGUGCUGUGUGGAGAGACACCUGUACAGAGAGAUUAACUAUGCCUGUUUAUAUACCAGAGAUAUUUUCAUAGCGUUCGGGAUGAAGUGGAAUAAACUGUGUGCUGGGGCUUCACAUUUGUCAGUAAUUGUCAAUAAAAUCAUGCAAUUUU